AUGGCCUCCGAUUCCAAACAAAGUAAGUAUUUAACAGUUUAUUUACAUUAUAAUGGUUUAUUCGCACCAAAACCGUUAGUGUACUUGAACGCUGUUGUUGUUUCAAUCUGUGAUGUCGAUUUUGGUGCAAUGGAUUUCAAAGACUUUAACUUGUUCAUUGCAAAGUUGAUUGAAGGCAGUUGUGAUAAUGUAUAUUAUUGCACUAGAAAUGAACCAUUGGCAGAGGGUAUUAGGAGAAUUUCGAAUGAUGCUGACUACUUUGAGUUUAUUGAAACGGGUUAUAGUGAUGAAGCCGGUCUAAGAAUGAAUGUGUAUAUAGACCACGAAAAUGAACCUGUACUUGAUUGGGCUGAUGAUGAAGGGCAUUAUUUCGACGAAGACCUGGAUGAUGAUAAAGAUUCACAACUUUCUGAUGAUAUUCCAUAUGAGCAUGAAGCAGAUGAUUACAUUCCUUCUUUUGACAAGACUAUUGGUGAUGAAUUCUUACAUCGGGUGUCAGGUAUGUGUAAGGAUAUAAAUGAUGAGGCUGAAACUGAUGAGGUUGAAACCAAGAAUGGAGAUGACAAACCAGUGUACCCUGUCCAUAAUGAGAACCAGAAAUGGGACAAAAUGGUGCCAAUUCUAGGUAUGAGAUUCUCUAACCCCAUGGAAUUGAAAAAUUGUUUGACUAACUAUGCAGUGAAGAAUGGGUACAACCUUUAUUUUGAGAAAAAUGAUAGUCAGAGGUUGAAGAUAUCAAAGCUAAAGAAACAGCAAAGAUUUUGGGGUGUUAUACCAUCUGGGAUACAACAAUAUGAAGUUAGGAUUGGAAAUGAUGGAUAUGCUGUGGACCUUAACAACAACACAUGUGGAUGUAGAUCUUGGCAAGUAUCAGGUAAAGUGGAACCAGUUCAAGUGGAUCCAGUUCAAGCAGAUCUAGUGGAUCCAGUUCAAGUACCAGCUCCACAGGUUGAUCCAGUUCAAGCAGAUCCAGUGGAUCCAGUUGAUGAUCCACAUCCAGAUGUUGAUGUCCCUGCUCAACCAGUUGCAACUAGGCAGAGGAUACGAAAAUACUCAGAAAGAAUUACCAAGAUAGGGUUGAGGAGGAAGGUUUUGAAGAAAGAAGGAAGCACUGGACACAACCCAAUGGUGUUGGAAUGA